AUGGGAAACAACCAAUCCGGAGAAGAAAUUUUUGCAGAUGUCGUCAGAAAAGUUGGUUCCGUUGCCUUGGCUGUCAGUUAUUUUACCCCCGCCGCAGCAAUAACCGUUCCAAUAACAGCUGGUGUAGCAGUUGGAGGAUUAACAGCAACAGCCAUUGGUCAUGCCGCCGAUGUUGAGGAUGCCAAAAAAGCAGGAAAGUGGCUUAGAGGGUUGGCUUUCGAUGCCGCGAUUGAUGGAAUUUCUGGUGGUGCCCUCGAGGGGGUGAAAUUAAGCAAGACAGCAGCCGAAGCAAUCAAAAUGGGGUGCGAAGUUUGGAGUAGUGCUGAAGAAGAGAGUGAAAAGUUAAAGCACUUUAAUAGACAGGAAUUUUACAUUCCCACCCCCGACCCUCAAAAAACUCUUCUUGUUGUCAAAAAUCUUAUUUAA